AUCUGCCGUUCCUUUUCGCGAAGUUUCCACUCUUCGGCCUUCCCUCAGUAUGGUAAUACGGACGUUUGCAGUUCUGAUUGGAGCUGCUGCUGCUCUGCAGCCUUUACCGCCGGUGCAAUGGACGAACACGAAUUCUUUAUCGAAUGGUUUUAGCGGGAUAGCGGCUCGCAAUUCAUCGAAGAUAAUCUACAUCCAGGACUCAUUCGCAGAUACUUCAGAUACGGAAGGUCUCACCCUCAUUCCACCGACUGCAUUCCAAUUUGCGGAAACAUUCCGUCGUGAUAUCUCGAACUGGACUACCGCCAACUGGACGCUCCAAAGAGUCGCCCAAUUUCCAGACAACGCUUUUGGGAUUCUCCUGGGACCCUUCAGAGGAUCCGAUGAUGAGGUCACAUAUGAGAAUGGAGCCACGACUGAGGAGGGAUACGAAAUCGAGAUCACCAACCGUACUGUUUACAUUGGUGGAAAGGGCGCCCGUGGCAUGUUUUGGGGUACGAGAACGCUCCUGCAGCAAGCACUGAUCGCCAAUGGAUCUUCCUUGCCAGUAGGUCGCACAAUCGACGCGCCCGCGUAUGCAACACGCGGCUAUAUGCUUGAUGCCGGUCGCAAAUGGUACACGCCGGAAUUUCUGAAAGAGCUGUGCACGUAUGCGUCCUUCUUCAAGAUCUCGGAGUUCCACUACCACAGCAGCGAUAACGCACCUUUGAACAGAGGCCAUAACGAGACAUGGAACAAGGUGUUUUCACACUUUUCGCUGUACCCAGAGGAGAACACUGAGCUCCAGGGUAUCAUCGAGCGCAAGAACGAAACGCUUUCAAGAGCACAAUUUGACGACUUUCAGAAUCACUGCGCACAACGAGGUGUGACGGUCAUUCCAGAAAUUGAGGCCCCAGGGCAUGCUCUUGCCAUCACAAAAUGGAAACCGGAGCUGGCGCUCACAAAGAAGGAUUUGCUGAACCUCACCCACCCUGACGCCAUCCCAACAGUCAAGGCCAUCUGGAGCGAGUUUCUGCCAUGGUUCAAGACAAAGGAGGUGCAUAUUGGUGCUGAUGAGUAUGAUUCUGAGCUUGCGGAUGAUUAUAUCAAAUUCGUCAACGAGAUGUCUGAGUUUGUAAACUCAACAGCUAGCAAGCGCAUUAGGAUUUGGGGGACUCAUGAGCCAUCAGUAGACCUCACAAUUUCCAAAGAUAUCACCAUUCAGCAUUGGCAGUACGGGCAAUCCGACCCUGUGCAGUUGCAGAACGACGACUACAGUCUCAUCAACUCGAACGACUGGUGGGCAUACAUGAGCCUGAAGAACGACCACACGCCUAUCCUACCUGCGCCAUACCCGCAGUUCUACAACACCAGCAGGACAUUGAAUUUUGCAGAUGUGCCAGGUUGGCAGUGGGAUCCAUCACUCUUCAACCAAGUGAACACAACCAAGCAGCUUGAACCUGGCGCUAGUGGCAAUAAGGGCGCCAUUCUCGCGGCCUGGAAUGAUAACGGACCCGAUGCCACCACACAGCUCGAGGCAUACUACGCUAUGCGCGAAGGUAUUCCAGUGAUGGCCGCGCGCGCAUGGUCCGGCAGACGCGGCGUGAACAUUACGACCGAGAACACCAACGUCGCGAUCCGUUUCCUGGCGGCCAAUGCUCCGGGACAAAACCUGGACAGACGACCUGCGUCGCUGCGUCAAGCUGCGCAGACCAACAGGCCAGUCCUCUCCUGGAAUUCACGAGAUGGCCAGAUGGCUCAGACGUUUGGCAAGGGCUCCUUCGGUCCGCCAUACACCCUGAGCCUGAAUGUGUCAUCGUCCUUUGCCAUCAAGGGUCCUGACACGUCUCUAGCUAUCAGUAAGGUCAUCACCAACGCUACCACAAACUCCACCACCCAGACCCUCGUCUUCACAACCGCAGACGGAUUCCCGUACCCCCUUCGCAACGUCUCCUAUGACGAUUACGAUCCUGACCACCCAGGACGUAUCUGGGCAAACGAAUCAGCAUCGACCCACGAGCCCGUCCCCAUCACGCUCCCCAUACGCCUGCGUAUCGAGACGGAUAUCUACAACGGCAGCCGGGUGUGGGUGAAUGAGAAGUUCGCCGGUCGCUUCGAAGUGUUCGUAUUUGGCGGUCGCAACACAGUCUUCAGCUGGAGCCAGAUGGCGCUCGUUGCGCCGCUAGACAGCAUCGAUGGAGGAGUUGACAGUUUGAAGCUGGAAAACGGAAUAGGGAUGUACAAUGUCACGGCUGGCAAUGGGAGCUAUGGGCCUUCAUCCCCGGAGCAAAAUGCUGCGAGGGGGAAGGGGCUUAGCAGUACGUUGCAGCUGCUUGUUGGGCUUGUUAUGAUAUGGAUAUUUGUAUAGUAUGAUACCAUGCACUAUUAAGGGUAGCGUUCGCAUAUUGCAUUAUUCUAUCG